UUUAAAUCAGCAAUUAUCACAAAAGUAAGGGCAUCUCUGUUUUACUCUGCUGGCAAUGAUUUUGUUAAAACUUGAUAUCUCUGUUGAUUUCUCUAUUAGUUUGUGUGAGUAUUGAGUAGAAGGAAAGGGGCAGAGAGUUCUGGCCAAACCACAACAAAGCAUAUUAUGCUUCUUAAUUGGGCUAAUGGGAUGUGGUUGUUUGGGCUAAUGAGAUGUUUUUGCCAUCUCCUUCCAUUUCAUAAUAUAUUCCACCUCAGUAUUUCAUCCUCAAGAGAUACAAAUAUUAACAUAUACACACACGAUACGUAUAUUACAUCUUGUAAAUGUACAGGAAAAUAAGCAAAAAUCUCUUCGGGCUAUGAAAGAUGGCGGCUUAUUUAUAAUUUAUAGGGAGAGAAAUGGAACCAACAACACCCCCCCACACACACACCUUCCUUUUCCCAGAGAAGAAAUUCUCGAAAUUGCAUCAUCCGAUAUCAUUCAUUUUGCAAAAAAUUAGAACAUAAACAACCUUAUCCCAUUCAAGGAAGGGUUGGGUGGGGUACACAUUGAAUUGGUGAUGUCAAUAUCAAAACAAAAAGGGGGAUAAAUUGAGUAGAGUGUAACGUAGUGUGUGUGUUUACUUCAUUGCUGUUUAAAUGACGACACAACCCUGUAUUGAUCUAUCGAGUUUCAUCAGCAUUGCGUUGACCACAGCCUGUCUGUUGGUGUGACUGUCAGGACAGUUGAUUGUGAUAUUGGUUUCUACUGAUUUGACUUUUUUCUACUGAUCAAGUUUCCACAUAUCCACGUUGAUGGGGUAACCUCCUCCUGUUAUUUAGCAUUACUACAUCUCCACAUUGUAACAUUAAAACUCCACAUUGUCAUAUUACAACCACACAUUUAAGCUUUUAAACCCCUUAUUGUAACAUUACAACCACACAUUGUAACAUUGCAACCCCACAUUGUAACAUUACAACCCACAUGGUAACAUUAGAACCCCUUAUUAUAACUAUAACAUUACAACCCCAAAUUGUAACAUUACAACCCCAAAUUGUAACAUUACAACCCCAAAUUGUAACAUUACAACCCCAAAUUGUAACAUCACAACCCCACAUUGAAACAUUACAACCCCACAAUGUAACAUUACAAACCCACAUUGUAACAUUACAACCCACAUUGUAACAUUACAACCCCACGUUGU